AUGUCUGCAGUUUGGAAGACUCCCCGUGGAUCAGAGGCAAUGCCUGAGAUGGUAGUGAAAAUCGUUGGAAGCAAAUACUUUCGAUACCUUGUGGAGAAGCCCACGAUCAAGGAGAAUGAAAACAUAAAUGAAACUCAAACAGCACUCCAGAAAUCAGUGACUGAUGAUGCAAAGCAGAUGAACAGAGAGCCCCCAGCUCCCAUGAACCCUACUGCUCAGCAAGUCAAAUGUAACCCAGAUGGCAUGAAUGAGAGCAAGGACCUAGAGAGCAACAAAAAAACCAGCCUAACAGGAGCACACAAUACCAGAUUACUGGACGGCAAUAUUCCUAAUCAGGCACGUGUUCACUGCAGCUCAGUACCAACCGGAGACCAGUCCCUAUCCUACAUACAUGGCCUCCCCAGGAGAAACCUUAGAGACUGGACCCUGGAACAGAUGGUGAGGGGCGGCUCUGACCAACCAGAGGAUAUUGGUCAGAGGCCAAGCAGAACAACAAGGGAAGAUACUUUUCUUCUUUCCCUGGUCAGAAGAGAACUCAAGUCGUGUCCUUUGAGUUCCAAAUUAUUAGACAAGAUUCAGAAAGAGCUGAAGAUCCUGGACCCCGUCUCUUCAGGGUAUCUUCUCCAAUCUCAGCUAAGUCGUCUCUUCUUGAGGCAUGAAGUCCCUCUGAAGUUACCAACAAUCAAGAUCCUUUGCCAGAGAUUUUUGGGAAAGGGCUCUCCUGAAAUGGUAAAUUAUGAAAAGCUACUUUGGUUUCUAAAAGUUGCAGUUUCAAAUGACCCUCAGCCAAGCAGAACAGUUGUGGACAGUGACCUGAGGAAAACCCAGUGUCCUACUAUUAUGAAUCAAAGUCCUUCAUCCCAAGACUCCUAUUUGCCAUCAGACAUGAACAACAGCCUUUUAGAGGUUUUGAAGAUGGCACUAAAGACAGCCAAUGGCAAAAUCAACAUAGACAACCUCAAUUUGAAUUUUCGAAAAGAAGAUCGCUCAUUCUCAGGGUGUCUUCCUCCACCCAAGGUCAGAGCUAUAUGUGGGAAACAUGGGCUAUAUUUGACCUUGAGCCUUCUGGAAACACUGCUUAACCAUCAAGAUUUGAGUUACCAAAAUGAAAUAAAAUGGCAGAAUUUUGUUGAGUUGUUGAGCAGAGCUUUCUCUGAUAUGUCAUCUGAUUUGCCUGCAGGAGAGAAUGAAAAGGAAGUUGCUGCCACUCCAGUGGAGCCUGAAGUUCCUGAGAUGUCUCAAAGCAAAAAUGAACAUAUGAAAACUCCAAAAGAGGAGCUGCAGCCAGAAAGCCCUCCUGCUGAGACUUUGGCCCCAAAAGAUCCACUGAGCUCUUUGAAGAUCAGACCAGUGUCCCAGCCUUUUGUGGAUCCUGUCAAGAAGACUGAAUCUGAAGAAUGUGAGACAUGGAUAGACAGGUUCAGGAAGCUUGAAAACGCACUCUACUUGUGUGAUCUGAGUAACACAGGAGUCCUGGAGAAGGGACGAGCCAGACGCCUCAUUCACAACUACAAUCUCAUUUACAACCUGUCCCUGAGCCCUCGGAAAAUUGACCAGGCCUUGCGGAGAUUUCGUUCAGGAGAAAAUAUGCUCUUGGAGCCAGCGCUGCAGUACUUAAAGGAGCUAUGA